AUGUCUCAAUUGUCUCUAUUGGACCCUUCAUAUGAUUGGGGUAAUAUCAAUUUCAAUGUAGAACUCACCAAAAAACUCUAUGAAGAAAAAGCUGAAGCUAUAGCUCGAGAGAGGUUCAAUGCAGCCAAAAAGCUUAAAGAAGACAGUCUCGAGUGGUUUCAGAAAAGAGCUUUGGAAAUCGAUCCAGCAGAAGAGUUCAGGAAGAUGGAAUUUGAGCUGUUGAAAAAUCCCAAAACCUAUCUGCCACUGGAAAGUAUGGAGAGCCUCUGUAACGACCAUGAGGCAGUGAGGAAAGAAAGUUCAGAAAGGGUAAUGCAGUUUAUGGGUUUGAGAGAUUACGAAACUGAGAGCAUCUAUUCUAUUGAUCCAAUUUACGACUGUCUAAUGAAGGACCCCAAUCUUCUGACAUGGUUGAAGUUUGCCAAACUGGGCAUCAUGGAAGAUGACAAUCACAGCAUCAACAUCGACUGGAUUGAGGAUGACACUUGCAGUGAUAUUGAGGUUCUGUCAUUUGAAUGUCUGUGGGAUGAUUGGUCCAGCUCUUGGGGAUCUGGCUGGGUUCUGGAGUGUAGCACUGUGUCAGAUUAUGCCUGGGAUAACUGGGACGAUUGGUGUGAGGUGAAGGUCCGAGUGGAUGCCUUUUUUGAAAGAAGGUUGAGAAAGGCAGAAAAGAGGAGGUUCAAUCGUGAACGGUUUUAUCUAGACUGGUUGUUUGGUGAAAGGAAGAGUCGAGGCAGAUCCGAUAAGGAUUCGAGUUCUUCAGAUGGUGAUAGUCUGGUUGGAUUCGGAGCUCACAGGCCAAAGUCUCAGAGGGUGAAGGAAGCCUUCUACGCUCCACUCAAGUGGUUGCAGCCAAAACUAGAGAAGUUGAAGGCCAAGUCUCUGAGAUCGUCGCUUUUUCAGAGAAGCGCCGGAAAGUGCAACCCAGCUUCUGAAGGAUUGAAAGGAGAGCCUAAGGCAGUCUAUGGGUGGAUGAGUUCUGACGAGCUGUCUUCUGAGCUGGGUGGAUUAGAUUCCGGGGAGAUGGCUUUGACUCCGGAGCUGGGGACAUGUGAGCCAGGUUGUUCAAUGAAGUGUUUGUGA